GCACCGUGCACGGCGGAGUCGGCGCCCGGCCGGGCACCGCGCGCGGGGUUGCCCCGGCUUCUGCCGCGCCGUCCCCGCCCGGCACACCCGGCGCCUUCCAGGCCCUUCGGAAGAUGGAUUCUGUUGACGUAUCCGGCGGCCCUGGCAAGCCGGGUGGAAAGUUGGCUUUUGCCAGAUCGCGCCGGGCUCGUCUUUGUGACGCUCGGCCAGCCCCGCAGCCUCCCGGAGCCGGGCUGAGCAAUGGACGAUCUGCAGGCGCAGAACCUCUCCAUGGACAUGAACGAUUCGUCUCCGGCCCUGGCCAAUAACAGACUGGAGAAUGGCAUGGCCCAGCUCAUCACCACGGAGGCCUGGAACAUCAACUCCACCGACCUGGUCAAGAAGGCCCUGGUGACCGUGCCGGCGCCGUCCAUCCUGAACCCCCCGGCCGAGUCCCAGAGUGGCAUGGCUCUGAAGGUGGCAGCCACCGUGCUGCAGCCCCUGUGCCUCGGGGAGAGCCCGGUGGUGAUGCCCAUCCACAUGCAGGUGGAGGGCGGCUCGGCACCCGAGCUCAACCCCAACGGCAACGCCACCUACGUGAUGACGGCCCAGGGCCCCGUGCAGCUGCCCGUGGUGCUGGAGCAGCACGUGUUCCAGCACCUCAACUCCCCGCUGGUGCUGCCGCAGGAGGCCCCUUGCUCGUCCAACACCAUCCACAACAACCUGUUCCAGGGGACCGACGACCCCGAGGCCCAGCCCCAGCUCCUGGACCUGAGGCUCCCCAGCCAGCCCCAGGAGCCCCCCUUGCCAUUCGAGGCCGUGCUGCAGAAUCUGUUCCCGUCGCAGGGGGCGCUUGGCCCCCCACCCUGCCAGCCUCCUCCUGGCUAUGCGCCUGCACCGCCCCAAACCUUUAACUCCCCCUUGUCGCCGCUGGUCCCGCCAGCCACCCUUCUGGUUCCCUACCCUGUGAUCGUCCCUUUGCCGGUGCCGGUCCCCAUCCCCAUCCCCAUCCCAGUGCCUCAGAAUUCGGGCUACGGCAAGCCCCCUUCCUUCGGCCUGCACCCCUUUAAAGGCACCCAGACGCCCCUGGAGAAGGAGGAACUCAAGCCCUUCGACAUCCUCCAGCCCAGGGAGUACUUCCAGCUGAGCCGCCACACAGUCAUCAAGAUGGGGGGCGAGAACGAGGCACUGGAUCUGUCCAUGAAGUCGGUGCCCUGGCCCAAGGCGGGCGAGGCGGGCCCCCAGACCGGCCUGGAGGAGGCGGCCCUCGACCUGUCGGUGGCCGCGCAGCGCAAGGUCGAGCGCCCCCUGGAGGCGCCGUAUGAGAGCGGCCCGGUGGCCCUGGACACGGCGGCUCCCGCCCUGAUGGAGAAGCCGCCCAGCGGCAUGGGCGCACCCUUCGCGGCGGGCUCGGCCCGGGCAGCUCCGGGUCCGAUCGAGAACCAGCUGGGCUGCAGCGACACCCCCGAGCAGCUCAACCAGCCGCCCCAGCCCUGCGGCGGCGGUGGCGGCGGCGGCGGCGGCGGUGGCGGCGACGUCAAGCCGGAAGGCAGCCUGGAGGUGGCGGGGGAGUCCCAGGCCGCCAAGGUGAUCGUGUCGGUGGAAGACGCCGUGCCCACCAUCUUCUGCGGCAAGAUCAAAGGCCUCUCGGGGGUGUCCACCAAAAACUUCUCCUUCAAAAGAGAAGACUCCGUGCUGCAGGGCUACGACAUCAACAGCCAAGGAGAAGAGGCCCUGGGCGGCGCCGAGCCCUUCCGGAAACCCAUCAAGAACCGCUGCAUAAAGUUAAAGAAAGUGAACUCCCAGGAAAUCCACAUGCUCCCCAUCAAAAAGCAACGGCUGGCCACCUUCUUCCCGAGAAAGUAAAGAAUGGCAUUUUGAAGUUUUUAUGAUUAGGAUCUGGGGGAAAGGUGCAUUGGUUUUAUAAACAGCAUUUAAAAGGCGAAAUAUCUUUGUUAAUUAUUGGGGGGAGGGGAAGUAGUUGGGAAGCUGGAAGGCAAAUUGGCUGUAGAAGCCCUGUAAGCUAGUGUUGUUUUCUUUUUUAAUUUUUGACUUUUCACAAAGGAGUAAAUAAGAGCAACCUAUUUUUCAAGCAGAUUGCACAUUUUUUGCAGCUUUAAUGGAAUAUUGGGUGAAUCAGAGGGGGUUAAAAAGCUAUUUUCAUUGCCACAAAGUGCUUUGAUGAUGUAAUACCUAAUAAAGGGUAGGAUGAAUAUUUCACAAUAAAUGUUUGUUUGCACUAA